UUAUUAUUUUUUUUUUGUUGACCGGCUAAUAAACUUAAACCCAUUCGUCAAAAAAAGAGGUCGAAGAGAUUUGGAGGUGGUGGCGGAAGAGUGUCGCCUCCGAUGGGUUGGAUUCAGAAAGCAAAUGCCGAAUGGUUUCUACAUAACGAGUAUAAACGUGAUGGUGAUGUUUGGGAUUCGCAUGCCGGAUUGGAUCUUCAUUCCAAAAUGGUUGCCCUCAAAGUUUCUCCAUCUGUUGUCUGUCUCCUGUCUCACACGGGCAAGGAUAAGUUAUUUGCUUGCUCGGGGACUAUUGUAGAAUGUGGAGACAAAGAGAGUGAUGGUACAUUUGUUGGUAUCAUCCUAACUUCUGCCAGUCUUCUCAGAUGUCCCUCUGGCGCUGCUUCUCUCGCUCCUGAUAUCAAGGUUGAUGUUCUUUUACUAGAUGGGAAAUUAUUACAGGGUGAAGUCUUUGCAUAUGAUUUUCAUUACAACCUAUCUGUUAUAAAGAUCCGAUCUGAUGCCCCACUCCCAACACCAUCCCUUAGAAAUUUGGAUGAAUCCAGGCCUGUUACUCUGCACCCGGUGCUCGGUUCAACAUCUUCUCAUCAUUCAGAUUCAUUUAAAAUUCGUCCAGGCGACACAGUCAUGGCCUUGGGGCGCCACUACCAUUCACACAGUCUUGUGGUUGCAUCUGGCUCUUUCACUAUUGGCCUGUGUAAAUUUGGUUGUAAAGAGCUUUUGAAGGCAACUUGCAAGAUGGUUACUCGAUAUUACAUUGGGGGUCCUCUUAUCAAUCGUGAUGGAGAAGUUAUUGGGAUCAAUUUCUAUCAUGAGAGGUAUACACCCUUCCUACCAAUCAAUAUAGCUUAUAGAUGCUUGGAGCACUUAAAGAUUCAAAGGAGUGUCAAUCGUCCUUGGCUUGGGGUGAAAUUGACCAACUUUUAUGCUGUAAAUUUGGUUGAUUUGGAGAAAAUUAUUCAAAAGUUCCCUCAUAUUUCUGAAGGUGUUGUAGUUGAAGAGGUAGCAAAUGAGUCCCCUGCUAAAGUUGCUGGAAUACUACCAGAUGAUGUUAUUGUUAGUUGUGGUGGACAUUCAGUCAGGUGUUGCUCGGAGUUCUUUGGGAUAAUGUGGGACAAAACUAGAGAAUCUGUGCCGGUGGUCGUGAUGAGGACAAGCUGUGGUAAUCGUCUGAUGCUAACUAUUGAUGUUGGUGAUACUAGUGAACAUAGAUAUAAUAGUUGGCCAAUUUACAGUGCACUCAGGAGGACGUGUUAUGGAGGUCCGCUGAAAUAGAAUUGACUAGAGAUGGGCAUUUCUGAAUAUAAAUGCUUUUUGCCGUUUUGGGUAUUUGUCUAAUUAGCAGAUGUACAUGUAUAUACGAAUAGGUGUCAUUUUCUUUUCUUUUCUUUUCUAUUCUUUGCUUAGUAGGAUAUAUGCAACUACCAUUGAGCCAAAUACUAAGGUCUCUUAGCUUUAAAUGCUUUUAUAAACUUUGUAAAUUGGAUGAAAGAGAAACUGCUUCGUUUUGCUUAUGCACUAGUGGAGUAAUCUUUAC